AUGGUGACUCAUUACUCCACGGGAGUCUCGCUGCUGAUGUGCUUGACAAUGGGUAUAUCGGGAUUUCUGUUCUUUGGAUCGAAAACCCAAGGCAACGUGCUCAACAACUUUCCGUCCGACAACAUCAUGGUUAACAUUGCGCGAUUCUGCUUUGGCCUAAACAUGCUCACGACCUUGCCUCUAGAGGCGUUUGUAUGUCGGUCUGUCAUGACAACCUAUUACUUCCCAGACGAACCGUUCAACAUGAACCGCCAUCUGAUAUUUACCACCGCACUGGUUCUGACCUCGAUGGGCAUGGCUCUCGUUACCUGCGACCUCGGCGCAGUCUUUGAGCUGAUCGGGGCCACCAGUGCCUCGGCCUUAGCAUACAUCUUCCCGCCUCUAUGUUACAUCAAGUUGAGUAACAGCAGUCGGAAAGCGAAGAUCCCGGCGUACCUGUGCAUUGCCUUUGGAAUAACCGUCAUGAGCGUCAGUCUACUGCAGGCCAUUGCCAAGAUGAUUAGAAAUGACGGAGGCGCAAGCACUUGUAGUGCCUAG